AACAGAAACAAAACAAAAGGUUGAUCUCUAUCUCUAUACCUUGAAGUUUGCCGCACCAACUUAACCCUACAGCAAUUCCAACAAUGGCGGAACCAAAACAGGUUACUAUUAGGCAACCAACAAUUGCGGAACAAACUGAGAAGGCUUUUUUGAAGCAACCGAAAGUGUUUUUAAGCUCGAAGAAAUCUGGAAAGGGGAAGAGACCUGGAAAGGGUGGUAAUCGAUUCUGGAAAUCUGUUGGCCUUGUUUUUAAGCCUCCAAGAGAUGCUAUUGAUAAAGAUGAGAAGAACUUAUUCUUUUCGAUCUAACAAACUAUUUUAUGCUUGUUGAUAAAGAUGCUUUAAUAACUAUUGAAUGUGAUCCUGCUUGUAGUUCUUAUAGAAAAAAUGAUAAGCAUGUUUCUUCUAUUAUGUAAGACAGUAAAAUUGAAUAAUAAGAAACUUUCUUGUAUUGGGGGAAAAACAUUGUACAAUU